AUGAUCUUGCACGUUCGUUGUGUGGGAACUCUAGUAGUUCUAAGAACUCCAACAACUACGGUAGGCUUCUUACAAGUAGCCUACCUUAUGAUCUUGCAAGAAGUUGACAAUUUCUGGAACGACAUUGAAAAUGAACAUAUCCGUAAAAAAAUUAAUACAGAGGAGAACAAAUUGCUUAUAGACGAGUUUAAAAUAGCUCGUGCCAUAAGUAAAGGGGUUUUGAAAGCAACUAAAACAAUUAUGGAAAACGUUGAUGUAAAACUGAGAUCUAAUUGGAAACUUAGCUCAUCUGAUACAUCCAAGCAUAUGGAUAAAAUUGAAUGUGCAGCAGCGAAAAAGAUCGAAACAACCAGCCCAUCUAUUACUACAUACGCAUCACCUACAAUAACAAGUGGUGUUGAUGAGACUUUGGAAGAACGUGAGAAAAUUGAAAUCAAUCUUGUAAGCAUUAAGAAACAAUUGGAGAUGGUGCCAUCGAUUGAGUGGACAGUUGGCGAUAUAAAUGUUACGCAGAAGUUUCGCCAGUACCAGCAAAGUGUUGUCGACAAAGCGAUGAAGUAUGAAUUGAAAUGGAAUAAUUCAUAUGAGAUUUUAGCAUUAGCAUCUAUUAUGAUACUUUCUUGGCCAUGCCCAUAUCCAAAAUUUUUUACCAACCGCGAAUGGCAUCAAAUAACUCAAACGAAUACAUACGUAAUCCACUAUCCUGUAAUACCGUCAACAAUCUCAGCUGUUCUUCGAGAAGUUGCAAUGAAACGUUUAAUGGGCAUUGAAAGCUAUAUGCAACUCGAUGGAUCGGAACUGAGCAAAGUCGUUGCUCGUACAUUUAAUAAUUUGUGCGAUAUUCUCGUCCGGUUCUCAGCCAAAACAUCUGAAGAAAUACAUUGUGAUAGGCUGUUGUAUCCAUAUAUAAAUUCUUUAUUUUUUAGACGUCUUGCAGAAUAUGAAGUCCGACUUAAUAGUGCAGUAAGUGGCAUAAAAAAACGUCUUGACUUCUCUUGCGUUGUUGAUGAUGUGCCUAUACUUGACUCGGAAAUAAAGCCGCUUGGAGUAACACCACUUGGAAGAAAGAAAGACUUUAUCAAGGCACAUUUAAGAGGAAAGAAGUCUGUGAAUCAACAAUUAAACUUAAAAGGUGGUCCCGGCGAAGCAGGAUUGUUAAUGAAUAUGGGCGAUGAAGUUGAAUCUUUUUUUAUGGACUACAGAUUCGGGAUAUACUGCUCAUGGCCUUUUCAGAGGACGAGAUUAGCAAUUGAUAGAGCUUCAAUACCAUUAAUAGAAUCCAAUAUUUGUCACUUUGAGCGGAUAAACAAAAUUGCCGAGGAUUUUAAAAACCGAAAUCGACCAUCUACGCCACCUCUGCAAAUGAGCUUUAUGACCGAAUUUCCCGAUUCUCCGCAACUUAGGCAAUUGCUUAAUUAUAAUCUGUCAUGA